UCUCUUCUUUAGUGAUCGUCUAUUCAAACGAAUCAAAAUGUUCAAAAUUGUCCUUGUUGCAUGCUUUUUGGGAUUAGCUGCUGCUGCCAGCGUUGACCAGUCAGCUGAAAUCCGCAGUCUUACAAAUGAGCCAGCUGAUGCCGAAGGUAACUUUGCCUAUGCUUUUGACACAACCAAUGGUAUUGCAGUACAGGAAAGUGGCAAUGUUGCUGGUGUAACUGGAGCUAUUCAAUAUAUUUCACCCGAAGGAGAAGCAAUUGAGAUCAAAUAUACUGCUGAUCAAGAUGGAUACCAUCCAGUUGGCAACCAUUUGCCAACCCCACCACCAAUUCCAGAAUAUAUCAUCAGAGCCAUCGAAUACAUCAAUGCUCAUCCUCAACAGGACGAACCUUUGAAAAAAGUCGUUUCAUCAUCCCCAUUCAGAGGAUAAAUAGAAUUUAAUUUUAGAAAUUAGAUAAACAAUUGUAGUCCUUAA